UGCAGAAAUGCUAGACGUCAUUUGCAGCGUCCUAAACAUAUUGCUAAAUUAGAUCAAGCAAAAGAAUCUGGAAUGGCUCAUUAUGGUGAUCCAGAAGUGUUUAAAUUAGCAGGCACAGAUAAAUGGUAUUGUCAUCAUUGCUGUGGAAUAUGGCAUGGUGAAAUAAGGAUAACUUCUCAUGUUGUGAGCAACAGACAUUAUGGAAAUAAGGCAAAGGUGCGAAACGUAUUAGAUGAUGAAAAUAAAGUGAUGAAUUCUGAUUAUGAAGAUGUUUUGGUAAAGAAGGAUUCUGGUUUAUGGCGCUGUCUUCUUUGUCACCAACAAGUGCUAGCAAAAAGUUAUACAGAAGCUGUACGUCAUUUGGAUAGUCCUACACAUGGUAUCAGUGUGCGCAAAGCAAAGACAUCUGGAACGGCUUAUCAUGAUGAACCAGAUGUUUUUCAGUUCAAAGGCGCAACGAAAUGGUAUUGCCAAAUUUGUUCUGUAAUAAUUAGGGAUGUUGAACAAACAACUGCGCAUGUCAUAUCAAACAAACAUAUUGAGAAUAAGACAUUGAUGCAACAAGGAAGGGAGCUG